AUGGAGGAAUUGAAGCAGACGACGACAGUAGACACUCUGCAUCAAGAUGAGGCGAUGAGGGUUUUGGCGCAAUAUACUGGCGACAGGAACUGGGAACAAGAGGAGGAAAAGAAACUGGUCCGAAAGAUUGACUGGAAGUUACUUCCCUUGCUUUGUACCACUUACGGCUUGCAAUAUUAUGAUAAAGCCAUGCUCUCGCAAGCUGCUCUCUUCGGGCUUAGGACAGAUCUAAACCUGAACGGAGGCAACAGGUAUUCAUUUUCAGCGGCGAUCUUCUAUCUUGGAUUCAUAGUCGGCUCAUAUCCUGCUAUUCUCAUGGCCCAGCGAUGGCCAAUUGAACGCGUCGCAGCCGGGAUCAUCGCCGUAUGGGGCGUAUGUCUGAUGUGUUCUGCUGCUUGCACGAAUUGGCAAACUUUCUAUGUUCAACGAUUCUUCCUAGGAUUCCUCGAGUCGGGCAUAUCACCCAUGUUCAUGCUGGUUGUCGGAGGCUGGUACAAGAAACCCGAACAAGCUUUGAGGAUGGGAGCUUGGUACUGUUGUACCGGCUACGUCUCGGCAGUCUCUCCUCUCAUCAAUUAUGGUCUAGGUCAUAUCAGAGGUGGAUCAUUGAAUAGCUGGCAAUACAUGUACCUCUUUGCAGGUGCCCUCACUAUCCUCUGGGGCCUUGUCAUCCUAUUUUUCAUGCCGCCUGAUCCCAUCCGAGCGAAAGGUUUCAGCGACCGAGAGCAUUACAUCGCUGUCGCACGGAUGCGAGAGAACAAUUCAGGUGUCCGAAAUACACAUUUCAAGGUGGAACAGUUGUGGGAGGCAUUGCUCGAUUUGAGAUUCUGGUUGAUAUUCGCCAUUGCGUUCUUGAUGAUGAUCGCCAACGGCCCGGUGUCGUCUUUUAUUCCUAUCAUCAUAUCAGGUUUCGGCUUCAACCCAUUGAACUCCCUUCUUCUGACACUCCCAGCUGGUGUAGUCAUUGGAAGCAUCGAGCUAGGCGCUGCAUAUGUGGCCUACAAGAUCCCCAGAAUCAGAGCCUGGACAAUAGCCAUCUGCCAAAUUGGUACUAUCCUUGCUUCAAUCCUCCUGUGGCAACUGCCGCGUUCUCAGAAGGGCGGCCUGCUCUUUGCAUGUUAUAUCCUGGCUUCCUUCGGUGGUGGUUACGCAGUGCUGAUGGGGCUGCACAUUGCCAAUACGGCAGGAUAUACCAAGAGAUCCGUGACAUCAUCUGGUAUCUUUGUUGGCUACUGUCUCGGGAAUUUUGUCGGUCCGCUCCUGUUCAAACCCGAAGAUGCCCCUGUGUAUGCGCCUGGAUUCGUCGCUGUCCUCAUUACAGCUAUCGUAGCUGCUGCCCUCAGUGUUGUCUAUCGUUUCUUCUGUGUGUGGGAGAAUCGUCGCAGAGACAAAUCGGGGACUACGGAAGCAUUCGAUAAUGCAUAUGACGACGAUCUGACUGACAUGAAAAAUCCACAGUUCAGGUACACUUUGUAA